AUGUUGUCCACCUGUGAAAACAGCCUUCAGCACCCGGCAAUCGAUGCAAAAUGCCAGGUGAGACUGCUGAGGCUUUACCCCGCUACGCUGAGGGCUCGCAUGCCUCAAGGGGCUUUCCACAUCGUCGAUAUCGAUCAGUUGCCAUGUACUCCUUACAGGGCCUUAUCCUACGCUUGGGGCAGUAGUCUUGUUCAAAAUGAUUCUCAAAUCAUUGAGAUCGACGGUCACACCCACCAAGUCCGAGAAAACUUGUACAAUUUCCUGUGCAGUGUAGGGCAGAGAGAGGAAUACGGGCUGUUUUUCAUCGACGCUCUUUGCAUCAAUCAGCUAGACAGUGAUGAGAAACCACACCAAGUCAUGCUGAUGGAUGAGAUCUACAAACACGCCAGGCAAGUGGUUGGAUGGCUUGGAGCCCCAGAUUGCCAACAGUAUAUGAAUGUCAAGAUGUUGCAUGAAAGCAUCCGUCAGGAUCGUCGCACUUGGGAUCAAGCAGCCUGGGAUGGUCUCACCUUUCUUAGCCAUGCCAGCUAUUGGGGACGCAUGUGGGUUGUCCAAGAAGUGGUCCUCGCAGCCAGCAUGGAGGUCUGGUGCGGCCCAUUUACUUUCCCCAUCGAUUUAUUUGAGAAUUCAUCUUCCACGAAGGAAGCCUCAAAGUUACGCUUCGCACCCGACGGGACCCCCAAUUUAACUCAUUCAGCCAGCGAGAGGUCGCAAACUCCCGCUCAAAUCAUCGUGACCCAUCGUCUAAGACACGUUCUCCGGCCGAUACGGCGGCCUGAGUGGGACCAACUACAUAUGAUGACGCAAGAAGAAAUUCAGAAUGCUUUGCUGAAGCCAAACAAUGCAGUCCACACGUACAAAUCAAGGUUACCAGAUACACUUUGGCAACUUAUGUGGAAGUUUGGGCGGCAGAACUGCUCUGACCCCAUGGAUAAACUGUACGGGCUACUUGGGAUCCUCCAUGAAGACACUCGAGCCCAGAUAAAGCCGGAUUAUGGCAGAGGUGUCAUUUAUGCCUUCUAUCAAGCGCUGAGUGUCGGUUUACAACGGCUUUUCCCUAUUGAAGAUCGGACCAUCGGUGAGCAAUUCCUGGACGGGAAGCGCUCCUAUAUCUCCUACUACUGUGAUGUUCGGAACGCAUUCUCUCUAGACGACGAAAUCACCAAGCCAAUCUUGCGGCAGGUGUGUAAGGAUCUUCAACUCUACAGGAGGGGGCGAGACGCACUGUUUGAGGCGCAGCUUAGCAGCAUCUACGGCUGGGGUGAACUCGAUAUUCGGCAUCACAGGCAUCAUAGAGAGUUUGAGAAGGCAAUCUUGGGCAUUGCAGAGGAAGAACCUGUAUCAGAGGACAGUCGUGUCCUCCGCUUUCAUUCGUGGCAGACGCGAAAGUUAGCAAGCUUAGCUGGUCGAUUCACGUCCAAAAGAGUAGAUUCACAGGGGUGGCAGGCCCUGCUUGAUGAUUAA